CAAGAAUCAGCAGACUGAAGAACAAAUGCUUAAGCUCUUCUCUUCUUGCUAAGGCUUUUGAGGAAACCCUAAUCCCUUUAGCAGAGAAUAAAGAGGUAGUAGCUCAAAAAUGGUGUUUACAAUAUCAUCAAACCCUGUUCAGUUUACACAUACAACUUCUUUAAAUGCUCGACCCAAUUGUUAUCUCAAAGCUUCUGUUCCAGUUUCAAAUUUAUCGUUUUCUUUCUUCAGACAUGAAUACAUCAGGUUUUCUGUAAAAUCUCGACUGAAUAAAAGGAUGGUCUGUGCUGCUGCUUCAGCUGCUGGAAGUUCUAGUUCGAGCGAUGACUCAAAUCCUUAUGAGGUUCUGGGUGUAAACCCUAUUGAGGGAUUUGACAUGGUUAAGGCAGCAUAUGCAAGGAGAAGGAAAGAUGCUGAGCGGAGGGGUGAUGAAGCAACUCUUGCUCAGUUGGAGAAGGCUUAUGACAAAAUCAUGAUGUCACAGUUAACAAAAAGGAAGCAGGGUGUCACCUUUGGCUCUUUUAAGGUAUCUAAAGAGGUACGAUAUGCUGAUAAGCAGCCUAUUGUGCCAUGGGGUCCACGGUUCACCAAAUCUGAUGACAAAGAUAUCAAAAUCAACUUGGCAAUUUCAGCUGUAUUUAUAGCUUGGGUUUUUAUAAAUCGUAAUGCUGAGUGGAAGCCUUUACAGUUUUUGGCCUUCGCCUUUGUAUAUAGGAUAUUUGAGAAAUUAAAAGCAUUUGAGCCUCCAACUCCCACGUUUACAGAGGAAGGCGAAGAUGAAGGACGGAUGAUGAGGAUGGGAAAAAGGCUGCUUCGUUCUCUUGCGUUAGUUUUUGGUUGCAUAGCUAUUGCAUCCUUGGGAUAUACUGGUCUCCUCAAUUUUAUCGAGUAUGCUGGUGGUUUCAUACCUGUCUUUCUGUACAACAAUCAGGAAUUGCUUGUAACUGGAUUCACAGCCAUCGUGCUUCACAUCAUCGCAUCUUAUUACAGAUGAGUCUACCUUCUACACUUGUUGAAGAAGAGAUGCAGUUGCCUUGUGUUAGCUGUCAAAUUUUGUAAUUCUAUUUGUUCCAGAAAUUUGCCUUGUUUUGUCUAUAGGAUUGAUUGACCAGCAGUUGUAAGGAUGCAACAAGUUCUGAGGAUUCUAGGAUUAAACAAGACCACAAUCUUUUCAAAAUUGAAUGUGGAAAUAUAAAUGAUAAUGAGGAGGAAAGGUUAGGGCGGAUCAGUCCUUCAUUUGAAAGAGA